GUCGGGAGGAAGGGAGGGGGGCUGGGGAGGAAAGGGCGGCGGGACAAGGUGGGUCGAGAGAAGGCUCGAAUGCAGCUGGUGCGACUGUCCAACGCGCUGAGCCAGCAGGCGGCGGACGAGGUGAUGCGGGGGAGGAGGAGAGGGAGAUGAAGACAGAGCUGCUCUGCGUCCGCCAUGGCCAGGGUACGGGUGCAUCGCCUGGCCGGCGUGCUCCUCGUCCUAGCACUCGUGCUCGCCGUCAGCUUGGCCCUGCACCGCUCGUCGUUGUCCUCGUCGUCGCCUCCUCUCGAGCCCGGCUGCACCCUCGUCGUCAACGUCUUCUCGCGCCCGACCACGGUCGCCGAGUCGGUGCGGCACUAUGCCCAGACGACGAGCAUCACGGCCAUCGUCCUCCUGUGGGCCGGCCCGGCACAGGCCAACGAGACGGACCUCGUCGCGGCCGCAGGCGGCACUCGGCUCUCGCUCGUCGUACCGCCGUCCACGUCGCUCAACUGGCGCUUCUAUCCCUGGCCCGAGAUCCGCACCGACUGCGUCAUCUCGAUGGACGACGACUGGCGCAUGCCGCACGACCACAUUAACCGCGUCUCGCAAGUGUGGCACGCCGGGUACCGAGACCGCUGGGUCGGGUUCGAGCACAUGGGCCGCAACCACGUCGAGCGCGACCUCGCCGACGACGGCUCGGCACCCCAGCCCGUGUACGCGCCGACGUUCUGGUCCCAGUACACGGCCAAGCCAGCCGUCAUGCCCCCGUCCAAGUUCCACUCGAUCAUGCUCCCGUCCGGCGCCGCCCUGUCGCGCAAGUUCUUCGACGCGUACCACGCGCCGCAGUGGGCCGCCGCGCGCCGUGUCGUCGACGAGCUCACCAACUGCGAGGACCUCCUCAUGAACUACGUCGUCGCGAACCUGACGGGGCCUCGAGCCGGGCCGGCGUUCGUCCGCGCGUGGCACAAGCCGUUCCAGGUCGACGGCCUGUGGUUCCGGCCCAAGCACCUCGGGACGCGCUCAGAGUGCCUGCAGCGCUUCGCGGGCCUGACCGACACGCGUCUCGUCUACUCGGACGCGUACGUGCCGCUCGACGACGCCGAGGUCGGCGUGCCGCCGCCCGACGCCUACUCGUACUCGACCGAGAUCCCGUUCGACUUGCCGUGCGCCCGGCCCUUGUUUGACCGAGAAGGCAUCUGCGAGCUCGUCGACAGCGACGCUGGGUGGCGCAUGAUCGGUCAGCCGUGGAUCGGACGGUGACGGGCGGCGUCGUCCGCGUCGUCGACGACCUAGAUCAGCGUUCAGCCUUACGCACCUUUUGAGCGUACUCGCCUCGCAUCGACCGUCGAACGCACCCACUCCCUCAUCGUCGUCGGCGUCGUUCUCUGUCCCCUUCACUCGCGCAUCUAGAUCCGUCUCUCAUACUCUCUCCUCACCCUGUUGCAACCCUGUACUCAUUCUCUCCCUCGCACCGCAAUGAAACCCUGUCUCGCUGCUC